GCAGCGACGCUGGGGCCGGAGACUGGACGAUGGCUGUGAGGCCCGGGGGCCCCAGCCCGCCCCGGCGCGGGGAGUUUUUGAUGGUGAAAGUGGAGGCAGAGCCACGCAGGGAUCAGGAAGCCGACCCGCCGGGCCGCUGGCAGGACCCCGAGAGCCUCCGGCAGCAGUUUAGGCAGUUUCGUUACCAGGAGGUGCCCGGGCCGCUCGAGGCGCUGAGCCGGCUCCGGGAGCUUUGUCGUCGGUGGCUGAGGCCCGAGCUGCGCUCCAAGGAGCAGAUCCUGGAGCUGCUGGUGCUGGAGCAGUUCCUGAGCAUCCUGCCCCCGGAGGCCCCGGCCUGGGUGCGGGAGCGCUCGGCCGAGGGCUGGAUGGAGGGAGCGCUCGGGGGGUUCGAACCUCAGGAAACCAAAAAACAAAAUGCACUUCCCAAGAGCACCAAUUAUGGCUCCAAUAAAAUCUAG